CCGUAAAACAAGUGAUCACACACACAAAAACACUCUCAGAAAACACACAGUAAUGGCGUCUAGGGUUCUUGUGCACUUGAGUGUAGUGUUGUUUGCCUUGAUUGUGUCUAGCGGAUCGAUAUGUAAAGCAGAUGAGUCGAGUGAGAGUGUGAUUGAACAUGUUUUGACUCUUGAUCACUCUAAUUUAACCCAAGUCGUCGCCAAACAUGAUUUUAUCGUUGUCGAAUUUUACGCUCCUUGGUGUGGACAUUGUAAAAAUCUUGCACCAGAGUAUGAGAAAGCUGCAUCAGUGUUGAGCAGUUACGAUCCUCCGAUUGCGUUGGCGAAAUAUGAUGCAAGUGACGAAGCAAACAAGGAGCUUGCGACACAGUUUGAGGUUCGGGGUUUUCCCACCAUUAAGAUAUUGAGGAAUGGAGGAAAACAAGCGCAAGAAUAUAAAGGUCCUCGUGAAGCGGAUGGAAUUGUUUCUUAUUUGAAGAGGCAAACGGGACCGGCCUCUCCUGAGAUCAAAUCUGCCGAAGAUGCCAGCAGUUUUAUAGAUGAAAAGAAGAUCACCCUUAUUGGACUGUUUCCUGUCCUUUCCGGGGAGGAAUUUGAUAACUUUACUGCGGUAGCUGAGAAGUUGCGUUCUGACUAUGACUUUGCUCAUACGGUGGAUGCAAAACUCAUUCCAAGGGGUGAUUCCAAAAUAACCAAACCAACCAUUAGGCUGCUCAAGCCAUUUGAUGAACUCUUUGUUGAUUCUCAGAACUUCCAUGUUGAAGCUGUGGAGAAGUUUAUCGAAGAAGCCAGUGUGCCUACUGUGACUGUUUUCGAUAAAGACCCAAGUAACCAUCCAUUCCUUAUCAAAUAUUUUGACAGCUCAGAAUCUAAGGCAAUGUUAUUUUUGAACUUCAGUACUGAGAAAUUUGAUGAUUUCAAGACAAAGUUUCAUGAAGUUGCUGUACAAUACAAAGGAAAAGGACUAAACUUUCUCUUGGGUGAUACUGAGUCCAGUAAAGGCGCCUUUCAGUAUUUUGGGCUCAGUGAAGAUCAGGUGCCUGUCAUUGCCAUACAGACUAGUGAUAGUCAGAAAUAUCUCAAGCCAAAUGUUGAGGCUGAUCAAAUUGCACCUUGGUUGAAGGAUUACACGGACGGAAAACUGAAGCCAUUUAUAAAGUCGGAGCCUGUCCCUGAAGUAAACAAUGAACCCGUAAAGGUGGUUGUUCGUGACAGUAUUCAAGAUAUGGUUUUCAACUCUGGAAAGAAUGUUCUCCUUGAGUUCUAUGCACCGUGGUGUGGACACUGUAAGAAACUUGCUCCAAUUUUGGAUGAAGUUGCCAUCUCAUUUGAGAAUGAUGCUGAUAUCGUGAUUGCGAAAUUUGAUGCUACAACAAAUGAUGUCCCAGGUGACACUUUUGAAGUUCAGGGCUUCCCCACUUUGUACUUCAGGUCAGCAAGUGGAAAGUUGGUGCAGUACGAAGGGGACAGAACAAAGGAAGAUCUGAUUGAAUUUAUUCAAAAGAAUCGGGAUUCCAAUGCUAAGCCGGUCUCAGUUAAAUCAGAGCCCGGUACUAAAUCAGAGGCGACAGCUAAAUCAGAGUCGACAGCUAAAGAGUCCCCAAGAGAUGAGCUAUGAGAAUUUAAACCUUGAGGAGCAUAGCAUACAGAGGAAACAAGCUCAUCAUGAAGGCUUAGGUUAUGUUAGAGGGCACCAGAAUCUAAUUGUUUUCCCUUGUGGGAAUACAUUAUGUAGUAGUUCCAGAGGCAUAUAGCUGUUUGUAACAGUUUUAUAUGCUUAAAUAAAACAAAACUUCAAUAGUGA